UGACAGUACAGUUGUGAAUUUGAUGUUUUGCUUUGGCUUUGCUUCACUCACUGCUUUUUUCUGCUGUUCAAAUUAAUGAUUGUUUCAAAGCAGAAUGUUCCUAGCAAGGGUAGUUUAAAUAGGUUUAAUGUAUUUCAUAUAAUGAGUUUGCCAUUCCACCUUCGUUGACUAGUGAAGAAACUGUUCGAGAAGUUAUUUCUUCUUGGCUACUGUGCGUAUAGUUACAAAGGCUUUUAUAGAGAUUUUAAGCGACAGGAUAUGACAAUAUUACAAUUAAGUAUUAUUUAAGUUGAUACUAAGUUUGAAAGUGAGUUAAGCACUAUGGAAGAACCACAACAAAAGAAACUGUAUUAUUGUUCAUACGAAGGCUGCGCGUCUUAUUUCGAUAGGCCUUAUAGACUGGCACAACAUUUUCUAGCUCACAAUAACAUUAGACCAUUCCCGUGUAAGGCACCUAAUUGCAACAAAGCAUACACAAGUAAAAGUCAUUUGGAUCGACACAUAUCUUCAGUACAUUUGCCCCAUGAAAAUGAUGUUGUUUACAGCUGUCCACAAUGUUUGAAAUCAUUUGCAAAUCGUCAGAAUCUCAAAAGGCAUAUGAACACAGUACACUUGGUGGAGUUUAUUUGCGAUAUUUGCAAAUUGGCCUUCAAGAAGAAAAAUCAAUUGAGUGCUCACAUGUAUGAACACACAGGCCUGAAAGCUUUCAAGUGUGAUCUAUGCUCAGAUACAUUUAUAAGUCUAUACUUGAAGAAGAGACACAUGAGAUAUCAUAAAACAUACACUUGUGAAGAAUGCAAUGUAGUUUUUAAUCAUUGGUCAAAGUACCAGAAACAUAAGAAAACUGAACAUGUUUCAAGUUACUCUUCAACACCUCGACAUCUAAAGUCAUUUAAAUCGUUAAUUGAGAGCAAUGUCACUGUUAUCCAACCAAGAUUUAGUUUAUGGGCCCCAGGUGGAGCCGAAUUGCGGUUAAUGCAGUCACCUUCGGCCGAAGACGACGCCGAAGUGUUUAUCUGUAAUGUAUGCAAAAAGACCUUUAAGGAAAAAGGUCAUAUGGUGAAGCACCUCAAAACACAUGGACAAAAGAGAAUUACUAAAACAUUCCCAUGCCCUUAUGAUGAUUGUUCAAGGUUUUAUUCAAGAAAAAGCAAUUUAAAACAACACAUUUUAGUAAAACACAUGAAGAUCCUUCAUGAAUGCAUGAUAUGCCAUGCACAGCUGUCAACAAAGGCAAAAUUGAAUUAUCACGUCCAAUUACACUACAGAGAAGGCGGAACACCAAUAGCAAAACCUAAAACUGAGAAAAACAAAGAGAGGAAACCAAGAAAAGAUGAAGGAAGUUUCAAAUUUUCAACAGCUCUGAAACUAUCUGGCUUAAACGAUGUUCCUGAGGAAUCAGACUCGGCCGCAGAGUCUACGGAAUCACCCAUCAAUUUGUCAGUAAAAUCUGAACACAUUGAAGUAGAAGUUGAUGUCCUUAUUUGAACUUUUUAAGUUAGCUGAAAUGACAAGUCCUAGUAAACGUGCAUCCAAUAGUGUGCUUUAUAAAAAGAUUAGUUUAACAUUGAUACUAGUGUGCAUAUAAGAACAAACUGAUUGAAAAAUGUAGGAGAAUCGAAGUCGCUGAUGAUGAUUGCAACAACAUUAGUAUGUUCAUGAGUGCAGAUUGAACAAAAUAUACAGUUUACUACUAUACUAUACUUUUAUAUGCACUUGUAUCAAAGCUUAACUAGUUUGUUACUGAAUGGGGCAUACAUCACUUUGUUUUUGUUAAAAACAAAACAGAGAUAUACAAACUGGUUUCCUGUUACAUGUAAAUAUGAUUUUAGUGAGAGAUCACAUAACUAAAUAGAACAACAUUUAUUUAAAUAUGUAUAUGUAUACAAUGACAAUUUUACUAGCAUAUACCUACUAGACAUAUAUAUAUUAUUUUUAAGUAGAUUUAAUGUUACUCAACAUUUCCUAUUAUUAUAAGUACAAUAUUAGAUCUUCAGAUAUUUUAAAAAUACCAUGUAUUAUAGGUAUACAACAUAUUACAUUUAUUUACUUUGUAAAACAUUGUAGUAGCAAAUACCUAAUCAAAAAUUAUGUUAGGUAAGCAGUUAAAAUCCUUGUUAAGCCUAUUUUUAAUUAUUGAUUUUAACUUUUUCACCAGGUAUUCAGAGGCUUAGACAGAAUCUCCAAACUCAUAAUUGACUUCAAAUACAUUUUAGAAAUCAUAUUAUAUCAUUCAUGCUGGCAUGGUGAUUUUGGGCUGAAAAAUAGUGUGAAACAAUUUUAUAUUAUCAGUGAGAUAUUAGAAAAUAAAAAGUACAGUCCAAUUAA